AUGCAUAAUCAACUUAAAUUAGCAGACAACCCUGCAAGCGACGUAGAUGCAACCUCACCAACCUCGGAGCAGCAACCAUCAGAACCAUCAAAUAAUUCGACAUCUACUUCGUCACCCUCACCAACAGAAUCAAUAGAAUCAACUCUACCAGGCAUCAAACUACCAAAAACUUCGACACUAUGGUCAGAAGCAAACGCCUACUUCCAACUGCAACAACAUACACUGCCAAGCUACCACGACAUUGACGCAUUUGCAUAUACAUUUCAAAAAAUGAUUUACGACUACUUUGCCUUAAAUUAUGGCACCAUCAAACCUCAAACGAUCAACAACAACAACAACAAAAAAAAAAUGCCAACUACCAAACUGGACUCAACAGCUACAAAAACCAUCAACACCCUGCAACACAAGCUCUCCAUCAUACCACGAAAUAUCUACAAUAGUUCGCAAGUACAAAGCUAG